AAGAAAAUAAUCAUCGGUUCCCGGAAUACUGUGACUAACGAGCGGGCGGUGAGUGAACUGAGACGCCGUAACCCCGGGGCGGAUGUGACGGCACUGGCGCUGGACUUGGCGUCGCUCGAGUCGGUCCGCGAGUUCGCCAAACGGGUGGCGGAAAUCGAGCCAAUAGUCGACGUACUCAUCAAUAACGGGGCCGCCAGGCCCUACGCCGACCCCUACACUCAGUUUCGGACUAACUAUUUAGGCCAUUUUCUACUAACACUACACUUAUUGCCGUUAAUGAAAAAAUCAAACGAUUCCCGGAUAAUAAUGGGCACAACAAA